AUGGAAAGAACGCGAUACUUCCGUAGCGCCAACGAGUUCAACAUCGCCACGAACUUAUUGUCAGGAAAUAUUUUUCCACUCGGCGAUGAGAAAAGGAGUCUGAGCUUCGUUUCACUCUUGUGGGUUUCGUUCGUAUGGUCCGUUAACAUUACAUAUAUAUUUUCAGUGUUAUCCGGAUCCCUUUAUUUCGCGAAACUGACGACGAAAGAGGCCUUGAAAAGAUCAGGUGCGAUAAUCGCGCUGUAUGUCGAGUUUACUAUUCCCCUGAUCAAUCUCAACUUGCGCCGAAGUGCGUUUAGAAAUUUGAUAAGAAAAUACAACCUUAUUCUCAUCGAUUCCGAGGAGCUUAAGAAAUUCGUGCAUGACACAGUCAAGCCUUACAAAAAGGGCUUGAAAAUAUACACCGUCGCGUGUUUCAUAGUGACAACCAUGUGGAAAGCCGAGCCGAUUUUCAAAAUUUUUCAUAACGAUACAUUCACCUACACCGAUUUCACUAUUCCGGCCUACUUCCCCGGGGAACCAUUCGGUAAAAAAAUCUUCGCUGCUGGUGUGAUUUUGCAAAUCCUCGGCGCGUGUUUCGUCAACUUUGGAAAAAUCAGCAUCGACGUUUACGUCGGCUAUUUUAUCGCAGUCUUGACUGCCCAAUAUAAAUACGUUCGCAUGCAGGCAGCAAAAGCCCUCAGUCAACGUGACGACCAGCUACAAGACGAGCUACCGGUUUUCACCGCACUUCAGAAUUGCGUUCGGCAUCACGGUGCUGUUAUAGAAAUUAGCCAAAGACUCACCGAGUUACUGGCAUUUCAUAUCGGCGCGGCGUAUCUCACUUGUAUAAUGAAAUUCUGUUUCUUAGCCUUCGGAUUUGCAACAUUCGAAAGCGCUAACGUCGAAAAAGCCUCGUACCUGGUGUACGCUUUCGCAUGCGUAGUGCAAAUAUUUCUUCUCUGCUCCAGUAUUCAAGAGUUAUUCGAUGAGAGCACUUCGGUAACUCUUGAUGCGUUUCACGAAAAUUGGCACGCGCGCGGAAGUGCUGUAAAGAAAAUAUUUUGCCUGAUGGAACUGAGCAAUCAGAUGGAAUGCAGACUCAGCUCUUAUCGAAUUGUCGAUCUUGCGGUGCCGGCGUUAGCAGUGAUUCUCAGCAAAUCAUACUCGUUUUGUCUACUUCUCCUUGAAAUGAACUGAAUUGUCUAUUGUCGUUCUGCAUUCGUCGGCAGAAACUGGAUGUAGAAAAUAACGAAUUGGGACGAAUACAAAUUGCGUUGAGUGA